AUGUUGGCCCGGAUCAAGAAUGAUCCCCUCUACCAGGACCUCAACUGGCGCCUGAUGCUCAUCGGCUGCGUCGCCAACCUCGGCGCGAUGGGCUUCGGCUUCGACAAUGGCUGGUGGGGAGGUGCGCUCGGCCUAUCGCAGUUCCAAAAGAAGUAUGGCGAAUAUGACGACGCUCUCGGCCGGUACGCGAUCCCCGCUACGAAGACGUCUGUCGGAACGGGAACGGGCUCGGCUGGUAUCAUCAUCGGAUGCAUCCUCGCGCCCUUUGUCACUUCGAGGUUCGGUCGCAAGAAGUCCUUCUUGGUCAUCUCUGCUCUGAUGGGCACCGGCGUUGUGCUUGAGUCGUCUGCAGUUACGUCCUUCUGGCAAUUGGUGGUUGGGAGAAUUAUGGUCUAUGCGGGCAUGGGACUGGCAUCGAACCUGACGCCCAUGUACCUGUCUGAGUGCUCUCCUCCGAGGAUUCGAGGUGCCUUUCUGGCACUCUACAGCUUCUUCCUCUCUUUCGGUGUCUUCAUGGCUGCGAUUGCAGUCUAUUUGUCGCGCACUAGGAAUGAUCAAUGGCAGUACCUAAUUGUGAUCUUGUGCCAGCUCUUCGUCCCAUUGGGCUACGUCGUCAUGUACCCAUUGAUGCCGGAAUCUCCCCGGUACCUCAUCUACCGCGGAAAAUACGAAGAAGCUGAGGAGGUUCUCAAGAAGCUUUCGAACCACCCCGAGACGAUCGCACAAGAGGUCCAGCUCCUCAAAAUCCAAGUCGAGGAGCAGCGCGAGCUGCACAAGGCCACAUCUCUGAAGGACUGCUUUAAGGGCGUAAAUCUGCGUCGUACAAUCAUUGCUAUGAGCGUGCAGAUUCUCCAGCAGGCGCAGGGUGUCUCGUUCAUCCAGAACUUCAUCGUCACCUUCAUGCAGCAGCUUGGAUUCCCCGACUCCCUGCGAACGAACGUCAUGGUCACCGGAUGCGGUUUCGCGGUGCACUUCAUUACAUUCUUGACUUUUGAUAAGCUUGGUCGUCGACGAUCGCUCUCUCUGGGCGCGGUGCUGCUUGCUGGCAUGAUGCUUGGUACCGGCGCCGCGACUGCGACCGGGUCUGCGGGCCACUACUCUUCGGCGGUUGCCAAUGCUGCCGCUGCUCUCCUUAUUCUCUGGUACUCGAUCUACGGAAUAACGUGGGGCCCCGGAUGCUGGGUUGUCGCAGGAGAGAUCGGCACCGGCCAGCUUAGAGAAAAGACUCUGUUCCUCGCGUCUAUGGGCAGUUUCCUCACGUCGGUACCGAUCAACUUCGUCAACCCCUACGUUCAGGCCAAGCUUGGCGGCGGUGUCACAUUCAUUUACGGUGCCUUCUCGGUUGUCGCAGCCAUCUGGGUGUUCCUGAUGGUCCCCGAGACGAAGAACCGCUCGCUGGAGGAGCUUGACGAGAUGUUCCAGGCCAAUGUGAAGACCAGGGAGUUCAAGAAGUACGUGUCGACUGGCUUGGGUGCCCAGAUCACCAUGGCGGAGGAUAAAGGUGCCAAGAAGAUGGAGCUUGAGCAGGAGGAGGAUGCGUGA